AUGUGGCGUGAAUUCUCUGCACGUGGUACCUAUGCUGAUGUAACUGCUGCUAAUGAAAAAGAACUGCUGGAAAAAAUAUACAAACCUCUUCAAGCUCAGCAACAAGCACGAAAAAAUAAAUUCAAAGUCGGAGACAAAGUUCGAAUCAGCAAGUACAAACAUGUGUUUGAGAAAUGUUACACACCCAUCUGGACGACUGAAAUUAUUACAAUUAAGACUGUGCAGAAAACAAAUCCAACAACGUAUAAGCUUGUAGACUAUCAGGAUAAGCCAAUUGAAGGUGGAUUUUAUGCAGAAGAACUCAGCAAAGUCAAAUAUCCAGAUGUAUAUCUAGUGGAGAAAAUUAUAAAAAAACGCGGAAAUAAAUUGCACGUAAAGUGGCUCGGCCUCGAUAGCUUCCACAACAGCUGGAUUGAGAAAUCUGAUCUGUAA